GAAAGUCUGCGAGACACUCUUUGCGGCCGCAUUUUCUUCUCCCCAGAUCCUGCCCUGCACUUGGCAGCAACAAGCCUCCUCCCGGAGCGUCCAAAGCAGGAGCCCGGAGAUUCCCCCCCAACCAUGGGCAAACGCGGCAGGCCGAGGAAAGAAGCGAGAUGCGGGGAGGAGGAUGGGCCGGUCGCCUCUUCUGAGCCCCAGCCUCAGCUUCAACCCCAGCCCCAACCUGGGGCGCCCGUGGCAGCCCAACUCAGGUGCCCCUUCAGUGACAUCUUCAACACCAGCGAGAGCUCGGUGGAGAAACAUAUCAACACUUUCCUGCAGAAUGUGCAGAUCCUGCUCGAGGCCGCCAGCUACUUGGAGCAGAUAGAGAAGGAGAACAAAACGCUGUUCUCCCGAGACCUAUGUCCUGAGACACAAUCGGGGGCUGCUGACCGCACAAGACGUGCUGCAAACAGCACCCUGAUUUCCGCAGAUGUGCUGAGCGCAGAGCGUGAAAUAAUGUGGCGAGGAGGAAUAAAAGGCAGCGGGGCUGGAUUGCUGAAAACGCUGAGGAGCUGGAGGCGCACAUUCCCUCCCCCACUCUCUCAACCCCCCCUCCCUCCGCCCCCGGCCUCCCACGCAUUGUUGACCAGCGCCACCCGAGUGGCAUGCCCUUCUUGUUUUUACCCUGGGCUCCUUGCCAUCAUCCCCUGCAAAUAUCACGGAAUUCUUUCCUACUUUCUCUUCCCCCGCCCCCUUUCUCCUCCAGAGAAAUGCAAGGCCCUUUCUUCUUCAUCUUCUUCGCAGCCGUCGGCUGCUGUUUUUCUCUCGCUUCACACAAUGCCCAACGUCACGUCACCGGUGUGUGCCUCGAAACACAGCGAGCGGCAGAGGAGGGUCGCGGUCACAUUACUGCAUAGAAUGCUGCUGGCUCAGGUGCAUAACCUCCCUGCCUGCAUUACAGCCCGCUCCCCUGUUCACCAUGACCGAGUGAGUACUACGUUUCCCGGCGUACACUUCGGUCGUGGGCCGAGAGAAAACUACGUUACCCAGGUGGCAGUAGAAGAGGCGGGGAGGGGGCGGGCCCGGAGGCUGAUGCUCCCUCCCCCCUCCUCCCGUGCUUUCACCGGGGAGCCACCCGUGGGCGCCGCCGCCGCUCCGGGAAGGGACUGGGGAGAGGAGAGAGGUCGCCCUAGGCUCUGGACGCUCCUAGCCCCGGCCCCCGGCCGAGCUUAUGGAGCGGGUACGGAUGAUCAAUGUGCAGCGCUUGCUGGAGGCGGCCGAGUUCCUCGAGCGCAGGGAGAGAGGUCUACACACAAUGAGCUGGAAAAGAAUCGACGAGCUCAUCUGCGCCUGUGUUUGGAACGCUUGAAAGUGCUGAUCCCGCUUGGACCAGAUUGCACCAGGCACACGACGCUUGGGCUGCUCAACAAAGCCAAAGCACACAUCAAGAAACUUGAAGAGGCUGAGAGAAAGAGCCAGCACCAGCUUGAAAACCUGGAACGAGAACAGAGGUUUCUAAAGCGAAGACUGGAACAGCUGCAAGGCCCUCAGGAGAUGGAACGAAUACGAAUGGACAGCAUUGGCUCUACCAUUUCUUCAGAUCGCUCUGAUUCAGAGCGAGAGGAGAUUGAAGUGGAUGUUGAAAGCACAGAGUUCUCCCAUGGAGAAGUGGACAAUAUCAGCACCACCAGCAUCAGUGACAUAGACGAUCACAGCAGCCUGCAGAGUAUUGGGAGCGACGAAGGUUAUUCCAGUGCCAGUGUCAAACUCUCAUUUACCUCCUAGAAUCCAGCAUGACAAAACAGUGCAGGGCAAAUUAUUCAUUGGGCCAAGCCAACCCAGUUUCUUAAAUUGGGUUCAUCAUGCAGUCUCCUCUUUCAAAAAUUAUACUUGAACAAAAGGGUCCAACAGGCCUAUAUAUAAGUAGACCUCCCCCAGGAGAACCAACAUAUUAGUUGUUAUUCCUAUUGCAAAAAUCAUAAUUUCUAAUGGCAGCAGAGAAUUCGUGUGAAAUGUCCUUGAUUUGAUUUGGUUGAUUUGAAAGAGGACAUUGGAGCUUCAACCCUCUCUCUUCUUUUCCAGUUUGCUCACACUGCAUUGAAUGGACACAUUUAAGGACUGGGCUAUGGGCCCUUCUUGAGCUUUAUGAUCCUACAAAAAAAAAAAAAUCAAACCAACCCUUAGUAAUGAAACAGUAAAACAAUCAGGCAUUAAUUUUGUGUGACUGAGAGCUAUUGUAGCUCAGCCCGGGACAGCUUAUCAUGAAGCCUGUGGAUGAUCAAUUCUUUUUUUAAAGCUCAUUUCAUGCCCUGCAAAAGGAGAGACUCCCGUGAAGCCUGUUGAAAGGGAUCAUCACGCAGCUCAGCUUUCUGUUGGACUCCAUGCUAAAGCAAGUUCUCCUCCUCCCGCAUUGUUAGCACUAGGGCACUGAAGGGACGCUCCUUAGCCCACCCCAGGUGACCGAAGGGAGCCCAUUUGGGUCUGGAUUGGGGAUAGGAAGGCUCGAGCUCCAUUCGCCUCCAUGUCUGCAUGGGCCUGAAGAGUUGUGCCCACAGCAUAAGCGGGCCCAGGUCUGAGCCACGGCAGCGUUUUUAUUUCCAAUUUUGAUAAAUGUUUGUAUGUGUUGAAAAACCAAACUGACAUCUUUUUAAAGCUUGUCCAUAAGAAACAUAGAUGUCUUUUAUAGUGGAAAAACACAUGGGAAAAAAUCAUCUAUUUUGAUGCAGCAUUUGAUAAUGAUCAAACACCUCACACCUCACUCUUUAUAGUGCACAAAAUGAAUGAGGUCGGGGCUAGGUAGAAAAAAGGUCAGAGCUAAUGUUUUUAGUUUCUUUUUAGAAUCAUUCCCCUUGACCAGCUUUUAACCAUUGGAUACCUACACUAUCAUAGUUAACAUAGUUAAGUUCAGCAUUUGUCUCAUGUAAAACUUUGCCUCCAUUUCCCUCCGGGCAGUCUCUCUCCCUCCCCGUCCUCACAGUCCAUUGUGCAGGUGCUACUGCUCGUAUCAAAUAUUAUCAGCAAUGUUAUUUUCUUCAAGGAGAAAUUUUUAGCCUGCACUUUGAUGUCUCGUGUUCCCCUUGUCUUGCAGACUACAAAAGUUACCCUGUCGCCCUCCUCUCUCCCUCAACUUCUUCUCUGCCCCUCCUUCCAUCUCCCCUUGAAGCCUUCUUGGCUACGUCAACCCUGACAUUGUUUGAACUCUGUAUACCUUAAGUAAUUUAACUACCCCUAAUUACUAAAAGAAUUACUUUAUGAUUUUCAUAACUUAUUGCUGAUUUUAAUGGGUUGUUAAUUUCAGUCCUGUAGAUUUAUUUUAUGUUUUAGGUAGGGCUGGGCAAGAAAAAAAAAAGAAAUAAAGACAACCUUAUUUAGCAGUGCA